GCUCCCUUCCCCUUCUUUUUUUUUCUUUUCUUUUUAAACAUACAUGAUGACUGAACAAGUCUCAUUGCAAGCCAAAUUAAAAAACCUAGUGCAACAGCGACAGUUUUAUUGGUGGUUGGGACAUGUUUGCGUAGUUUGUAACGGACUCUUUUACUUCAGCUCGGUGUUGUCUUUAAACACGAAUGAGUCGUAUUAUAAGCGAGCUUAUUUAGGAGCACUUUUAUCAUACGCUGUAGUGAUUUACAACUCAAUUGGCGUGACACACACCACGAUAGGAAUGAAUUUAUUGUGUGAUGAAAAUGUCCAUUAUUUUGUCAUUGCCUUCUACUGGUACUCUUACCAACCCAUUACAGUCACUUUAAUACCAUUCUUUGUGUUUUCCAUCUUUCAUACCCUUACUUACACCAAAAGCACCUUACUCCCCCUAUUAUGUAUACCCAUCACCAGCCAGAUCGAAAGCAAGAUUCAGCAUUUCACAGAUAAUUACCAUACCACUGCCAUGAAUUAUGUUGCCUAUGUCGAAGUCAUUGGUAUUCUUGGCAGACUCAUUCUGGGGAUUAUUACAUUUCGCACCUCUGUGUUGGCAUUGAUUGUGUUUGUGCAUUUUUUGAGAUUGCGCUAUUUCCUUUCCAGCUAUACACGCGAUGCCUUAGAGACGACAGGUAGAUAUUUAGACACUUUAAUUAUUUUACCCGAGAACAAGAGUACGCAAUGGACAGUAGUGUCCAACCUGUACAUUAGUCUCAGGCGCCUAAUUAUCCGUUAUGGUGGUGGUAGUGGAGGAGGAGGAGGAGGUGUAACCCUGUCAAAUGAAAAGUCAAAAUAAAAGCGGAACUCCAAAAAAAAAAGUUUUUUUUU